GGAGAGCUCAGGCAAGACGGACGAAGAGCCCGGCGCAAUAUAGCAAAGAGAUUUCAGCACCAAGCGCGACUGGACAGCGACACUUAGCCCAAAACUAAACAACAAACUUGAACUUGAAGCAGCAAACAUGGUUCUCAUCUGGACUCAGUUCGGUGUCAAGCACAAAAAUGUCAAUGUCAAGUGCAAAGUGCGAGUUAUGCAUCGAGGUGACAGCUCGGGAUCUUCUUCAUCAGCGGAAGGUACCAAGUCAGAGCAGGACACGCCCUGCCUGUCAAUAAAACCAACAGGCAAAGACUUCUACAAAGUCCUGGGCGUCUCCCCUGAUUCCAACGAAGAUGAGAUCAAGAAGGCCUACAGGAAGAUGGCCCUCAAGUUCCACCCCGACAAGAACAGCGACGCCGACGCAGAGGACAAGUUCAAAGAGAUUGCAGAGGCCUAUGAGAUCCUCACUGACCCCAAGAAGAGAAGCAUCUAUGACCAGUUUGGAGAAGAAGGCCUUAAAAGCAGGAUGUCAAUGUCAGGCCAAAGCAACGUUUUCCGCAAUAACUUCCAUGGUGACCCCCAUGCCACCUUCUCCUCCUUCUUCCACGGCUCCGACCACUUUGACAUCUUCUUCGGCCCAGACGGUGAGGGCGAGGACGAGCUCUUCAACCCCUUCAGACGCUUCACCUUCACCCACGUGGGCGGGUCCGCCGGCUGUGAGGGCGGCCUAAGAAGAGGCCAGCGGCGGCUGCAGGGGAAAGAGAUGGUCCAUGACCUGCUGGUGACCCUGGAGGAGGUGAUGCAGGGCUGCACCAAACAUGUGAAGAUCAACCGGCGCCGCCUCAACCCGGAUGGGCGUAGCAUGCGAUCUGAAGACAAGGUGCUGAACGUGGUGGUGAAGAAAGGCUGGAAGGCGGGGACCAAGAUCACAUUCCCCAGGGAGGGAGACGAGACGCCAAACAGCACCCCAGCAGACAUCACCUUCAUCCUCAGGGACAAGGAGCACACACAGUACAAGAGGGAGGGCUCCAACAUUGUCUUCACCGCAAAGAUCACCCUCAAAGAGGCUCUCUGCGGCUGCACAGUUAACGUCCCAACAAUCGACAACCGAAUGAUGCCUCUUCCAUGCAGCGAUGUGAUCAAACCCGGUGCUGUACGGCGACUCAGGGGGGAAGGUCUACCCCUGCCCAAGAGCCCUUCCCAGCGAGGCGACUUGGUGGUGGAGUUCCAGGUGCUCUUUCCUGACAGGAUCCCACCACAGUCCCGUGAGAUCAUCAAGCACAGCCUAGGCCAGUGCUAGCCCGCUUUAUCUACUAAUGCAGCUUCACCAUGCGUGUAUGUUGUUAUCAAUUUACAAACACAGCCUUGCCCAAGGUGCUAAAAUCACAACCACUCACAACCUCUUAUUGUGUUUGGAUAAGGCAGGCAGCGCUUUGGUGAGUUGUAGCUUAUAUAGGUGGUGACUCUCAGCAGGCACGAUGCACAACUACUACGAUGCCAAACGAGAGGACAGAGGUCAGAUCAAUGAAUGGGGUCUUUGGUAUCUGAGGGCGUCCAUUGACUCUACAGCCUUUCACUUGAAUGAAAAGCUUACAUGUACUGUUAUACUUGCAACCCUAUAGCAGGAUAUCAGUGUGCUAUUCAAGUCUGUAUAGACUUCCUUAAACCUGAACGGUAUAAAAAAAUGUGAAAAAAAACCCUUUUUAUUAUAUAUAGUUAUAUGGUGUUCAUAUGACUGAUCUUUUGCAUUGAUUUAUUACAAUAGCAAAAUGUACUUGUGUGCAAAGACCUACUUUGUGUACAAAAUGCAAACAAAUUGUCUCUAAGAGAGAUUCAUCUGUCAAAUGUUCUAUUGAAUUAUUUGAAAUGUUUGUAUAUACUCUGCAGCAUUGAUGUGCUAUUAUUACUACCUGAUAGAGACAUGUUUGAAAGCAUGGAAAUAAAGAAAAAAAUGAAAUUUAA